AUGAGUGCCAUAAAGGUUAAGUCCUAUGAAGAUGAGGCUGGAGGAGAUUUUAUGGUUGGCUCAUUCCAGGACUUUGGAUAUGGCACUGUUGACCAGGAAAAUGAAGCCGUGGGUUCCAGCUCUGAUGAAAAGCCUCGCAUCCUGCUGAUGGGUCUACGAAGGAGUGGGAAGUCUUCAAUACAAAAAGUUGUAUUCCAUAAAGUGUCUCCCAAUGAAACCUUAUUUCUUGAGAGUACCAAUAAAAUAGUUAAAGAUGACAUUUCAAACAGUUCCUUUGUACAAUUCCAAGUGUGGGAUCUGCCAGGCCAUAUCGAUUUCUUUGAUGCUACUUUUGAUGCUGUGAAAAUAUUUGGUGGUUGUGGUGCCUUGAUUUUUGUCAUUGAUGCACAGGAUGACUACGUGGAAGCUCUUGAUAAGCUCAACAUGACUGUAACCCGGGCACAUAAAAUUAACCAAGACAUAAAAUUUGAAGUGUUCAUUCAUAAAGUGGAUGGACUGUCUGAUGACCAAAAAAUUGAGUCCCAACGUGAUAUUCAUCAGCGAGCAAAUGAUGAUCUCGUGGAUGCAGGGUUUGAAGGGAUUUACCUCAGCUUUUACUUGACCAGUAUCUAUGACCAUUCAAUAUUUGAAGCUUUCAGCAAAGUCGUGCAGAAGUUGAUACCUCAACUACCAACCCUGGAAAAUUUACUAAAUAUGCUCAUUUCUAAUUCUGGUAUUGAAAAAGCUUUCCUGUUUGAUGUGGUUAGCAAGAUCUACAUUGCUACGGACAGCUCCCCUGUUGAUAUGCAGUCAUACGAAUUGUGUUGUGAUAUGAUUGAUGUUGUCCUCGACAUAUCUUGUAUAUAUGGGUUGCAGGAUGACAAUGAACUGAAUGCGUUUGAUGACAAGUCUGCAUCCAUCAUCAAGCUAAACAACACUACAGUGUUGUACUUGCGAGAAGUCAACAAAUACCUGGCCUUGGUGUGUAUCUUGCGGGAGGAUAACUUUGUUAAACAGGGUAUCAUCAAUUAUAAUUUUCUGUGCUUCCGUAAAGCUAUUCAAGAAGUAUUUGAAGUACGGCAGAAGAUGCUAGCUGCUCGGAUGGAAAAUGGCACAGACCACCAGAAUGAAACACUAAAAACUCUCUCCCCUCCCCCCCCGGCCUCAAAAGAAGAAAAGAAAAAAUCCCCUCUGGCACAGCCUCUGUCCAGCUUCUGUGACCACGUGUGGCUCUCUUGA